AUGGCAAGUCAAACUCAAGGAAUUCAACAGCUUUUGGCAGCUGAAAAAAGAGCAGCAGAAAAGGUUGCCGAAGCUAGAAGGAGAAAGGCAAAAAGAUUAAAACAAGCCAAAGAAGAAGCACAUGAUGAAAUUGAAAAAUAUAGACAAGAAAGGGAAAAACAAUUUCGAGAAUUCGAAUCGAAACACAUGGGUUCUAAAGAAGAUGUCGCUGCUAGAAUCGAAGCAGAUGCUAAAGUUAAAAUUGAUGAAAUGAAUAAAGCUGUUAACAAUUCUAAAACUGCUGUUAUUAAAGAAAUUUUAGAAUUGGUCUAUGAUAUUAAGCCAGAAAUACACAAGAAUUAUAAAAUUCAUGCCCAAUAA